UUAUUCACUAUGUGGGGCAUAAUCUUUGCCCUGACUGUUACUCUUGCUGCAGGAAGCCAGCAUCUUCAUUACGCGCUAGAGUCUGCUAAUAGCAAGAGGUUCAUUUACGAAUAUGAAGGACUGGUGCUGAGUGGUCUACCCGAAAAAGGCCUUGGGAGGGCUGGCAUGCAAAUAAAAUGUAAAGUAGAAAUCACUGAUGCAAGGUCGAAGCUCUGCCUUUUAAAGGUCCAUGACUUGGAAGUAGAGGAAUAUAAUGGAAUAUGGCCCAAAGAUUCAUUCACUAAAUCUUCAAAACUAACCAAAGCUCUUGAAAGACAACUGAGUAGACCAAUCAUGUUCCAAUACAUGAGUGGUCAGGUUGGAGACAUAUUCCUGCCUAAUGGAGUAUCGGAUACUGUGCUUAAUAUCUAUAAAGGGAUUUUAAAUAUCUUUCAGCUAACAAUUAAGAAGUCGCAAAAUGCUUAUACUUUGCAAGAGACUAACAGAAAUACCCGUGCUGCCAGCACAUACUAUUACAAACUCAAAGAUACAAAAAAUGGAGUUCUUUUGUUGGAGGCCAAUGUGGAAGAAGUCCAUCAGUUCUCUCCAUUUAAUGAAAUUGACGGAACUGCAGUUCUAGUGGCAAGGCAAAAAUUGGUAUUAGUGUCAGUUCGAGAAAAAUUGCCAGCUGACACUGAAAAUGACUAUAAAAAUAUAGGAUCCCUUCAAUAUUACUUUGCAAAAGAAAUGAUGCAGAUUCCUACACAGUUGUUGAAGUAUGAAAAUGGAGAAACUCAGAUUAUUGAAACACUUCAUCAACUAACAGAACACAAUACAGGACCGUCAUCAAAAGAGUCUCCGGGCAAGUUUAUUCAACUUGUUCAACUUUUACGUCAAGCAAGCUAUGAAGUCAUUCAAGCAAUAUGGAAGCAAUUUUCGUCAAGACCCCAGUACAGGCGUUGGAUUUUAGAUGCCAUUCCAGCCAUUGCUAAUCCUUUGUCACUAAGGUUUCUAAAACAUAAAAUAGAUAUAAAAGAGCUAACAGAAUUUGAAGCAGCACAGACUGUACUUAUGACUUUACAUUUGAUCAAAGCAGAUCAUGAAGCAAUCGCGGAAGCAAAGGCAUUACUAGCUAUUAUUAAACCUCAGCAAGAUUCAAUACUUCGGAAAGUGGCUUUUCUUGCAUAUGGAUCCCUGGUAUUAAAGAACUGUAAAACUAAUGACCUGUGUUCAGAAGAAUAUCUACAGACUGUACUGGGCUAUGGUGGUGGUGCUUUCCAUCCCAACACAGGUUUUGAUGGUGAUCUAUCAUGGAACUUCCUCCCUCUGGACAACAGUUGGCUUCUCCCAAAUUACCGUUCAUCAGGAUUUGACCAUCUUUUGACAGAGAACUGCCUACAUUUGGGAUUUCAAGGAUCUUUUUUUUUGUUGUGCUUCGGAAGCUUUAAAAUGAAGCCCAUGAGAGGGGAUAUUAUUUUGGCACUCAAAGCUCUUGGAAAUGCAGGACUGCCAGCAAGCAUAAAGACCAUUCAAAAGUUCUUGCCAGGAUUUUCAUCCACUGCUUCCAACAUGUCAAUUAGAGUUCAAUCUACUGCUUUAUUAGCUCUGAAAAAUAUUGUCCCUUUAACGAUCCACGAAAGGUGUUUUACUAAGUUGAUGAAAGUGCAUAAUAUUUGCCUUCAGUUGUUUGCAAACUUCAAUUUGCCCCCACCAAUCCGGAUGAGAGCUGCAGGAGUGUUACUCGAUUCGAGACCCCCUGCUGUGGUUGUAAUGGCUGUCGCUAGGAUUCUGCUAAGAGAAACUAACAUUCAAGUGGCUUGCUUUUCAUACACAGUACUAAAGGCGCUGAGCAAAAGCACAGUCCCCGAACUUCAAGAAGUGGCAGCUGCCAGCAAUGUAGCCGUUACACUUUUAAAACAUAAAUUUGGAUCCCUUAAUGUAAGUUACAGCACAGGUGUCUACUAUACACUUUUUGAAGAUCCUAUCAUGAUGGGAAUGUCCACCCUCUUUAAUAUUGUAAAUCACCCACCUAAUGGUCUUCCCUUAGCAUUCUUAUCCAAACUAAGAGUGUACUUCAUGGGAGUAUUUUCUGAACUCAUAGAGGUUGGAUUUCACACUGAUGGACUACAAGAACUAUUAAUGAACAGACAUAUAUUCUCUACAGAAAGUAAGCAUGGAAAUCUGAAAAAUAUUAUGGAUAUGUUGAAAAAGCUAUCAAAAUGGAGACCAGUGCCUACUGAUGAACCACUUGCUGCAGCUUACAUCAAAUUUUUUGGUCAAGAAAUUCUUUUUCAUCAACUUGAUAAACAUGAUCUGCAAAACAUAGUGCAGCUGUUUUACAGACCAAAAGAAAAGUUCUCUGCUUUAGAAACAAUUAUAAGCAAACUGCAGAGUGGUGUUGAUAUAAAGUGGUCUAAACCCUUAUUGUCCAGUGAAGCUCGUCAGAUUGUGCCGACCUGUGUGGGAUUGCCAUUAGAAACAAGCCUUUAUUAUUCGUCUGUCACAAGAGCUGAAAUCCAUGCUCAAGCUCAAAUCAAAUCUCUUUCAACGCAAGUACUUAACAUACCCCAGCUACUUGAAUCCAACAUCAAUCUAAACUCCAAGAUAUCUAUAAGCAUGGAUAAAGAUAUUACAUUUUUCAUGGGUAUAAACACACACCUCAUACAAGCCGGAAUGGAGGUUAAGGCCAAAAUUCACAUUUUACUUCCUGUUAAUAUUGCAACAACAAUUGACGUUAAUCAAAAACAUUUCAAGCUGGAUGCUAUACCUAAUAACCAGGAAACUGAAGUUUUUUCUCUAAGGUCAAAGGCAUACUCUGUAACAAGAAAUAUUGAGGAUUUAGAUGCUGCUAAAAUGAUUCCAGUUGUACCAGCUGGAACAGAACCAAAUGUACUGAAGCAGACCUUCAAUCCCAGAGACUUGUCAGCAGGGGAGUUUCUGAGAAACGAGGGAAAAAACUCAGCGGAAUUUCAAAAAGAGGAUAUAUAUGAAGAGCAGAUAACAGCCCACUCGUCUGCAUUUUCUAAAUGCUUUACUGCAACUAACUUUGGAUUUCAGUUUUGUUUGGAAAAGAAGUCUGACAGUGCUGCAUUAGUUAGAAGCUCUCCUUUAUACCAUAUGAUUGGAAGUCAUUCGGUUAAAGUGACCCUUAAGCCAGUCCACAUGGAUGCUUCAGUUGAGAAAAUACAAAUAGAAUUUCAAGCGGGGCCUGAGGCUUCUACAAAAAUGGUGCAUUCUGUUAAUCUUCAGAAAGCUGGCAAAGGAGAACAGGAAAAUGAAAAUACUAUGGACAUAAUGGCCCUUUCAAAGCUGAAGAAAAUCCUUGGUGACAAAGACAUAGCAAUGUCACAGGAAAACGUCCAUAAUAAAAAAAGUUCAUCUUCUAGCUCUGAAAGCUCUAGUCAGUCUGAAAUCCAUUGCACAAAUAAGUCCUGUUCCAGAGAUGGAACAAACAAACACCAGAAACAUCACCAAAAAAAGAAACAAUGCCAUCAUAAAAUGGAAGAAAAGAAAGAGCAUCACUUGCAUCACAGAAAAGAACGUUCUGAACAUAAACAUCAGGUAGCAGAAUCUAGGGGUCAUCAUGAACGUGGUCCUCCUCAUCAUCAUCCUCAACAUCAUGGUGAACGGAAUAAAACUAAAACCUCUUCCACAGAAAUACAAAGCAACCAGUGCAACAACAAAAAGACAAAAGAAAGCUGCAAAUUUCAAAACAGCAGUAGUAGCAGCAGCAGCGAUAGCAGCAGCAUGAACCAUAGGCGGCAAGAUAAUAAAAAGAGAUAUAGAAGGCCCAAAGAAAGCAGCAGUUCCAAAUACACCAGAAACACAGAAAGCAGCAGCAGUGAAAGUAGCAGCAAUGUUCAAAGCAGCAGAAAUUGUGAUGAAAGUUCUACUCGAAAUGAUAGCCCUAAAGAAUGGAAAAAAAUAAAGAAUGCUCACCAUACUCAAGAAUCCCAUCAUGUCAGCGUGCCUAGAAACUCAUUAAAUAAUUCGCAGGAAGAAUAUGGCACAGAAUUUCACCGGAUCCAUAAUGUUCUGCAGAAAUUACUUGGAGGAGCCCCAGAGUUCAUCAUUCUAGUUCGAGCUUUCCUGAAUGACAAUAAGUAUCGAGGCUACCAAGCAACAGCCUAUGUUGAUUCUUCUAAUGAUCAUGCUCAGAUGAUCCUGGUUUCUUUGACUGAAAAAAGCCACUGGAAAGCAUGUGUCGAUGCCACAGUCUCCAGAAGUCAAAAAGCUUUGGCAAUGCUCAGAUGGGGUCAACAGUGCCAAGACUAUAAAAUUUCAGCAAAGAUAUCUGAAGGUGAACUUGCAGGCAAACCAGCUCUGCAGCUUAUGUGGCAAUGGGAAAAACUUCCAACAUGGAUGAAAGACACAGCUCGGAGGGUUAUGACAUUUGUUCCAGGAGUAGCUUAUAUGUUAGGAUUCUCAGAAAAGCGUACUACAAAUCCUCCUCAUCAACUUGCUGUAAGAAUAUCAUCUGCAUCUUCACAAACUAUUGAUGCGAUCAUUAAAGUCCCAGAGUUUACCCUGUACAAGCAAGCUAUCUCAGUUCCAUAUUAUCUUGCACAUGGUCAGCAUUCAUUAAGUAAGAUUAAGGAAAUUGGAUGGAGCAACCUGCCAGAACUUACAACAAUCCUCACACAGAACAAAAAAGUUGAAUGUGAAGUUAAUAAAGAGAGAUUUACAACAUUUGAUAAAAUGAACUCAGAAUGUUCACUUACCUCUGCGAACUGCUAUACGGUGCUGGCACAAGAUUGUACAGAUCAAUUAAGGUUUAUUAUCACUAUGAAAAAAAUGGGUCAAGGAUUUCAGAUUGAUGCCAAGAUAGGAUCAUUCAAUAUUGAGAUAUAUUCGGAUGCAUCUGAUGAAUUUCAAGUGCUUCUUGAUGGAAGGAAGUUACUAAUAUGGAAUGAUACCUAUAUAAAUGAGAAAGAAUGCAUCUAUGUUCACAGAACUUCAACAAAAGUGUCAGUAAAAGCACCAAAGUAUGGUGUGGAGCAUGUGUCAUUCAAUGGAGAAACCACCAAGAUUACCAUUGCACCAUGGUUACAAGGAAAAACAUGUGGCUUGUGUGGAAACUCUGAUGGACAACUGCAAAAUGAUUUCCUGAAGCCUGAUCAUAAAAAAGCAAAGAGCUGUAACAGUUUGGUUCACUCCUGGAUGCUGCCAGAUAAUUCAUGUUCAGGAAGCUGUGCAUUAAGUCGACAGUUUGUUAUGUUGGAAAAUCAUCUCCUUGAUGAACAAGAAUCAUCAUGUUAUUCUUUAGAGCCUGUAUUACAGUGUGUAAAAGGAUGUAAUCCAACUGAAACAAGCCCUGUUAAAGUUGCCUUCCAUUGUCUUCCUAAAGAUUCUGCAAUACGUCUAGAAGAUUGGCACAUUAGGCCAACAGAAAUAUCUGAAGACUUCACUGGGGAAGUGGAUGCACACAUUAAUUGUGUAUGUGCAACGGAAUGUGCAACGGCUUAAAAUAAUGUACCGUUGAUUAUUUACACCAAACAAGUUAUUUCGAAGAUCAUUUUAGUAAAAAAAAAAAUAUUUCCACCUAAUAGAAAAGAAUGACUACAUAUUAAUGUUAGCUGAUAAUAAAGAAAGU